GACUUGAUCUUCUGUGAUGGCUAUGAAAAACUACAACAACAACCAGCAAGCAAUGAUUGGUCCUCAAAUGCCAUCUAAUCGUGGCGGAAUGGACCCAAACACAAAUAAUGCACCACUAAGUUUCAAUAUGAACAAGGGGAGACCACCUAUGGGUGUUAUGAUGGAUGGAAAUCGAAAUGAUCCUUCAGGUGCAAGUCCAUCAGGAGGUAUGAUGGGGAGUUCAGAUGGAGGCAAUAACAAUAACAACAUGAUGAUGGGAGGUCAGGGGUACUACGGCCCCAUGGGCAACAUGAUGCAAAACCCCAUGAUGGGCCCAGAUCCCAACAUGAUGAUGAUGUUCAACCAGUAUGGAGGCUGGGGUCCUAUGGGGCCUGGAGGUCCAGGAAUGGGACCAGGUGGUCCUAUGAUGGGAGGACCAGGUUCAGAGUUCAUGCCUAAGGAAAUAAUGACACUAAAAUCAAGUGUUCUCUACCCUCCUCCUCAAAAUGCUCCUCCUCAGACAACUCGAGAAAGGCCUAUGGGCUGUAGAACUAUAUUUGUUGGAGGUCUACCUGAGAAUGUGACUGAGGAAAUGAUUGCUGAAAUAUUUGAGAAUUUUGGAAAUAUUGUCAGUAUCCGCAAAGGCAAAAAGAACUUUGCCCAUAUCCGAUACGAGAUGGAGGACAGUGUAGAGAGGGCUUUGUUUGUGUCAGGAUACAGGAUGAAGAUUGAAGAUAAAGACGAUAAACCAAACACAGGCCGCCUUCACGUCGACUAUGCCCAGGCCAGAGAUGACCAGUAUGAAUUUGAGUGUAAACAGCGUGCUGUGAUUCGUGAGAUGCGUCAUUACCAGCGAAUUGAGGAGGACAGACUGCGACCUCCCAGUCCACCUCCAGUAAUACAUUACAGUGACCAUGAAUCCCUCACUCUGCUUGAAAAACUGAAAUCUGAUGAUGAGUACCAAAUGGCAAACAAUGUUGUUAUCACGUGGCUUGAGCGUGGCGAUUUAACCAAGCGGAACGUAGCUAACUUCUACAGUCUCAUUCAGUGUACUAACUCACAGGUCCGAAAACUUCUCGGGGAGAAAAACGAAGCUGAACAAGAUGUACAGCGGGCUAAGCAGAAGUACCAGUCAGCCUUUGAAGGCAUCAUUCAACAAUUUGAUCAGAUUGAGCGGGUGUUUAAUUCCGCUCUCAAACAGAGGAAUUGGGAUCAUUUUUCUAAGGCUCAGCGCAAGAACAUUGAGCUUUGGCACAAACAACUGCAGGAGAUCAAAAAACAACAGCAGGAGGAGUUCCUUGGCUCUCGUGAGGAGGAUGACAUGGAAAUGUCUGAUAAUGAUGAAGAUCCAUCGGCUGCCAAGAAGAAAAAGAUGGACGAUCAGAUUGCUGCCUCUACUCUUCAUAUACAGGAAAACCAACUUUCAUUCCUACGUGAAGAUAACGAGGCUCUGAAGCGCCAGGUUGAAGCCUUUCAGAAUGAGACGCUUUUGAUUCGUCAGGAGAACAAGGAUGCCUUGACAGAGAAAGAUAACCAGAUGAAGAUGCUGCAAACUGUACUACAAGGCAUGCAACAGCAAUUGAUUCAAACACGCAUGCAAAUCAAAGAGUUGGAAAAGUACAAGACACUAGCAUCCAAAGUAAGUAGCAGUUCUGGGGAGAAGGCGAAGGAGAAAACAUCAGAAAAAUCAGGAGACAAAGAGAGUACAGAAGACAAGGACAGUACAGAGGACCAGACAGAUACAACUACAGAUACAAAAGAUGACACAACAGAACAGGUUACAACAGAGGACAGCGAGGACACAAAGCUAGAGAAGUCAUUAGUGACAGACAUCCCAUUCCUCAACUUAUCCUCUAUUGGCAAUACUGGUAGUAGUUUGUCCAUAACAGAAAAAGAAGCUAAGCUGAUAGGUCUGAUCUGUUGUUUCCUCCAUGUCCACCCAAAUGGGGCCAGUGUUGACUAUAUCUGGUCUUACCUACAUCAGCUUGGUGUAUCAUCACGCACCAGUGAACUCGAGAAUUUGAUGGAAAGAUUACCAGUGUUGUUCAAGCUUGUUAUGUCCGGUGUUGGAGCCACAAUUGAGAAGAGAUGGCAGUUCUUAGGUUACCAGUCCACAACAGUACCCUUCUUGUCCAUGUAGAGAUGGUGACGAUAGUUACCAGGAAAAUGUACAUUUAAUACUGUUUCUACAAAAUACUGGUCCGGUUAGUUUGUGAAAAGAUUGUGGGAUCAGUUUAUUGGUCUUUAGUUGAAACUAACCAACAAACAGUUGAAGAGGGUAGCCUCAAUGUGCUAAUAUUCUAUCCUAUCAAAACAGUGGAAAAUUUUGAAACAGCUGCAUUGUCUGACACUUCAAGUUAAUAUUAGAUAUACUGGCCGUGAGCUUGAAGAUUAUUAAUAAAAAGUCCCGCUUAAUUCAUAACCUUGGACAUCGACACAGUUAGAAGAAUCAGGAUAGGGGAGGGUUUUAGGGGUUCAGGAUUUGGAUUGUUAAUGGGACAGGAGUUUUCAAGAAAUCAGUUCAUUCGGUGUUGAGAAGGGUUUUGUAGGAAAGGAACAUAUGUGUGAAUGAUGAUUGUUGGGCAUUGAUGAGUUUGAAUGUAGCAUAGAAUAUAUGGGAUGUCAUUUGAUGUAUUGUAAAUAUGUAUAGUGAAGGUCAGACCUGUGAAUCUGAAAGGAUUGCAGCUUUGGAGUCCAAAUUUGUAACAUUUCUUCUUCGUCAAGAUUUUACAAAUGACAUUUUAAUCCUAAUGUUUACAUGGAUGUAAAAAUUUUAUUGAAAUUUUGUAGAAAUCUUCACUUACAUUCAUCCACCUGUUAUUUGUUGAAAAGUUUCUGUAUUUUUAUUACAGGAACGUUACAAUUGUUAGAAAAAUCACGCAACUUAAUGUUGCAUUGAUAUGAUUGCUUGAUAAACCAGUUUAUUUUUGUUCUUUGAAUUGUCUUUGGAGAUAAACAUUUUAAGGAAUAUUUCAGUGAAACUUCUAUCCUCCCCAAGGAAGUUUUUUUUAAUGGAUAUUAUCAAUAUUUUGUUGAUGCGACUACCAUUUUGUUGUUCUGGCAUCCAACAGAUUGUUCACUGUAAUAGUCCUUACAACUCCAACUAGUAACAACUGUUAUGUAUGUUCACAUAAAUAUGUCUUUAUUGUUUAUAUUUCAUGUCUCCAUUGUUAAGGUUUACCUAUAAUAGUGCUGAUACGCACCAUCUGUAUCACUCAUACUGGAAUACGUGAUUGCUAAUGUGACAAUUCUUGAAUGAAUGUUGACUUAUAUGUGUACAUAUCUUUUUAUGUAAAAAAUAAAGCCAGUACCAUGAAA